UCACGAAAUCCCUAAAACUAUUUCGGCAGUGUUUGUUACUAUUAUAACCUUAUUACCCAAUUCAUACUCUCACAUCAGCAAAAUAUACCAACAAUGCUAUUGAGACUACAAUCAACACACACCGUUAGCAACCGCUAGUUAACUACCAACAAGUUCCAAUCGAAAUUCGCCGGCAAAACAAAAAAUGAAACACAUGUUUGUGCAUAAGUAAAGUUCAAAGGGGAGCAAAGUAUGCUACCCCAACUGCUGAAGUUGUUGUUGAGAACACAACAUUUUUCUACGCAUUUACAUGUAGUUACUUGUCCUGGCGUUUGGCUUUGUACGCAUGGUUAUUUGGAAGUCACCAUCAAAACAUUGGGCUAUUUUUUUCGCACCGGUGCAAUGGAGCCACGUUUUCCGUUGCUGUGUCAUGACAAAUUCACUAUGGAUGGCUACUUUAAAUCUGUGGGCUCGCUAAGUGACUUGGAACGCGUUUUAGCCUCUGAACAAGUGGAGAUAACGCUAUGGCAGAAUGGACGGCGUAUGGCCUACUUUCUGGGCAAACUGGCCGAUAUAAUGCAUGCGGAUACUCCCAAAUUGACGUGUGAACACAAUAUAGAUGUGCAGCUGUUGAUGAAGGCGACUCCAGCGUUUCCGGGUAUUAUUGCACCUAAAAUGGAACUAAGUGCACGAGUGGGUGUGCAGGAUCGUUUGCCGCGUUCUGAGGAGUGUAAUCGAUAUACUAAUAAAAAUGGCUCGAACAAUUUAAGUUUACGUAAAUUAGAGUUUGAAGCCACACGUGCUCCGAAUCGUCACAGUCUACAGCCUAAUUCACCCGCUGAAACUUGCUUCAGGUAUUUGGAAGACAGACGAUACCAAAGACCUGUUUGUCAUACUAAAACAAGUUGUGGCAGUGGGUUUACAAAAGAAAAUUCUGCUGAUCCAUGCUUUCAUGCCACGAAGUCAUUCGAAAUGGACGCAAACGCAUGUAAACAAUUCGAACGCCGUCUGUCAACUGGUUCAAGUAAUUUCAGCAAUAGUUCAUAUAACCUGAGUCAAAUUACGCGUUUGAGCAGCCCCUCCCGUCGUAGCCAAUCAAUUUGUACAGUUUCCUCAAUAUCAACACCUGACGAACAUCAGCGCCAAUGCAGAAUUUGCCAAUCCUACCGAAAAGUGUUCUCGUAAUAUUCAAAUGUAUCCAAACAACAUUGCCCGUUAUUGGGUAUUGAAUAUGAACAAAAUCAUAUCGAAGAAA